UGUCUACCCCCUGCGGAGCAUACAAAAGGGAGGUGGGGAAGUGGGUCUUGAGUCACUGGUAGACCAGACCGUCAUGUCCACAGGUACCGUAGAUACUCAACGACGCUUGGAUGAUCAACACCUGGCCCUGUUCGGGUACAGGAGGGAAUUCCGGCGAGUGUUCACCAAGUUCGGGGCGUUCGGGAUUUCUUUCUCGAUAAUUGGAUUAUUUCCAAGUAUCGCGUCGGUCCUGGGAUACGCCAUACCGAAUGGUGGCACGGCAUCGAUGGUGUGGGGCUGGCUCACCGCGUCCGUAUUCAUCCUAGCAAUCGGGUUGGCUAUGGCCGAGUUGGCGAGCGCGAUCCCCACCUCCGGUGGACUUUAUUUCUGGACCUAUCAGUACGCUUCUCCUCAGUGGAGGAAGCCGCUCGCCUGGGCUGUCGGUUACUGCAACACGAUCGGUUGUAUAGCCGCCGUCGCAUCGAUUGAUUGGGGUUGUGCGACCCAGAUUAUGGCAGCGGCCACGCUCACCAACCCAUCCUUCUCGCCUGCGGUAGGCGAGACUUUUGCGGUGUACCUGGCUGUCGUUAUCUCGCAUGCCUUGUUAUGCUGCUUUAAGACAUCUGUGCUUGCGCAUUUACAAAAUGCAUACGUGAUUCUCAACAUUGCUCUGUGUUUAGGGAUACUGAUUGCGGUUCCCAUUGCAACCCCUAAGGAGUAUCACAAUAAAGCAUCGUAUGCUUUAGGUGAAUUCACGAAUCUCGAUGGGUGGCCAAAUGGGUUCGCUUUCAUCCUUUCAUGGAUGUCACCCGUGUGGACCAUUUGCUCAUUCGAUGCUAGUGUACAUAUUAGCGAAGAGGUAGUAAGUGCGGCGACCGCUGUCCCUUGGGGAAUUGUCCUUGCUGUUAGCACCAGUGGUGUUCUGGGCACUGCAAUCCUCAUCACGCUCAGCUUCUUCAUGGGCACCGACAUGGAAGCCAUUGCGAAUAAUCCAAUAGGUCAACCAAUGGCGACCAUUCUCUUCAACUCGCUGGGGAAGAAGACCACGCUUGCUUUCUGGGUGAUCAUGGUCACUGUACAGUAUAUGAUGGGGAGUAGUAUGCUUUUGGCUGCUUCACGGCAGACAUUUGCGUUCGCUCGAGAUGGCGCGCUCCCUUUCUCCACGUACCUCUACCGGCUGAACUCGUUUACCGAAGCACCCGUAAACACUGUCUGGUUUUCUGCAGUUGGAGCCAUACUCCUUGGGCUGCUUGCAUUUGCGGGUCCUGCGGCAAUUGAUGCCGUUUUUGCUCUGUCUGUUGUUGGACUCUAUGUGGCGUACUCUAUUCCGAUCAUCUGCCGGUUUUGCGCCCCCCCGGACACAUUUCGCCGAGGUCCAUUCCAUCUUGGCAGAUGGGGCCGCCCAGUAGCUGUGGUUGCAGUACUCUUCAUGGCGCUCAUCAGUGUCAUCUUUCUCUUCCCAAGUAGACCCCAAACAAACAGAACUGACAUGAACUACACCAUUGUCGUGAUGGGAGUCGUUUUGCUCCUUUCAUUUGCAUGGUACUAUGUUCAUGGCAAGAAUGAAUUUCAAGGGCCACGGUCUACCACCACUACCAGACUAUUACCGCCAAGACAGGGGCAGGGGCAAACUUAAAGGGGGAACAUCUUUUAGGUUACUGUUUCCUGCUUGGCUUUCGGUUUUUGACACUGAGCCAAGUCCCCUUCCUGCGAACUUGUUUUCCCGUAAUCGUUCUCCUGUACUAGUUUACCCAUUUCGCCACCCUGUGUAUUAGUAACAUAAGUGUAUGUACUCAUUCUUCUUCGCUUCCUCAUUUUGCUGGGGAUCGAACGCUGGGCCGUCGGUAUAUAUUCA